AGCUUGUUAAAACACAAAGAAUUGGAUUUUAAUGACCUUUGUGGGUCCCUUCCAACUCACAAUAUCCUAUUAUUCUAUGAAUAAGGGACAAAAAGCACUUGUUGUGGGUAAAUGUUUUUUUGUGGUCGUUAUUGAAGGGCUGGUGUGUGUUUGGCCAUGUAGCUGUCCCCAGGUACCCAUGGUCUGUUCUAGGGGACCAGCCUGCAGUCUCUGCUCCCCUUCCCUCGGUGGUGGCAGUUUGCUGCCAGCCUGGGCCAUGGGAUGCAGCUGCCCUGGGCCUCCUCCUGGUCCCUGUCCCAGCAGGGUGGCAGUGACAAGCAGGAGGUUCUCACCACGUGUUGGGGAUCAGCUGCAGGUCCUGUGUCUGCUCGGCUGGCGGGUGUCAAAACAAGCGUCGCUCGUGAGGGGUUUGUGUGGGCAAACAUCUUGUCGGGCGCCUGCUGGAUCCCAGCGCCAGCUGGCGUUCCUGGGCUGGUGGAUUUUCUUCUUGGCAAUGGGGAAGGAAGGCAGGAACGGGGAGUUUUUGGAGAGAAGGGCCCACAGCCUGAGUAGAAAAAGGGUAGAAAAGGCACUUUUGGGUGCCCCGGAGUGGGAUGGAUGGGCACCACGGCUGUCUCUCACCCCCCUUCCCUCUGCAGCCGCCGCUGCCGCCUCUGCUCACUUCAGCUUCUGCCGCAGCCUCCUGGAGCACACGGUGUCGGCCGAGAACCUGAGCUACCGCCUGCAGCGCGCCGCGGGCAGCAGCCUCACCUGGCACGACGGCCGCAGCCAGCGCCCCGACGGCCCCGGGCGCACCGUCAAACUCCUGCGGCAGCCGGGCACCGAGGGCUCGCAGGUCCGUGGCUGUGACCACUAUGGCAUCUACCACACCAGCCCCACGCUGGGCAGCCUGGUCAAGCCAGUGGUGCUGUGGACCCAGCAGGAUGUGUGCAAAUGGCUGAAGAAGCACUGCCCACACAAUUAUCUCAUCUACGUCGAGGCGUUCUCCCACCACGCCAUCACAGGCCGGGCGCUGCUGCGGCUGAACGGGGAGAAGCUGCAGCGCAUGGGGAUCGCGCUGGAGGCGCAGCGCCAGGAGCUCCUGCAGCAGGUCCUGCAGCUCCAGGUGCGCGAGGAGGUGCGGAACCUGCAGCUGCUCAGCCAAGCUUCUUUUGGAAAUGUCUCCUAGCUGAUCCGUCUGUUUGGCAGAUUGCACCAACACUGUGAACCGAGCUCCGCUGGGAUGGGCUGUGCAUCGCCAAUACGAGACCUGAGCCACACGCUUGGAAUAAGAAGAGACAGCUUCCCAGACACUCCAGGGCUCCUCUCCUGCUUCUUCCUUCUCUUUCUUUUAAAGGAACACAUUCCUGUGCAGGGGUGGAAGGUUUCUUCCAGGAGACAUGGCUCUUGGCUGGAGGAAAAUCAGCAAACCAACUGCUGGGACAGAUGAUGAACUUCCAUCCACCUGAGCCUGACAGUUCACAGGGAAAGAGAUGGAAAAAAGGAGAUGGCAAAAGGCAGGGCUCAGCACUGUGGAGAAAGGGAAUGCAGUGAUUCCAGGGACAGCUCGGAACCAUGUGCAGGACACUGAAGCAUUAUGCACUUGGGCAACAUCCCAGCACCCAGCAACUCGUGUCCAUGCCUUGGAGCUUAUUUAGGGAGCUUUGGUUUCCUCAUCAGACUGGGCUGCCUUCCAGCGGCCGGGGAGGUGACGUUAUUGGUAGCAAAUAAGAUGAUACAACCAGCCAAAAAAUUCACAGCGGGGCCAAGACCCCAGCACCCAGCUCCACUUGGUGAGUUAAAAAGGGAGCUGAGUCAUCAGAGCUGGAAAAUCUGCAAGUGAAAGCAGGCUGGAUGCACCAGGAGGGUGCCAUGGCCCGGAGGAAGCUGUGCCAAGAGCUCAUCCUUCAUCAGCAGGCAGAGGGGGAGCCCGUGCAGGGGCUGGGGGCAACAGGUUGGGGUGCUGCUGGUUGGUUG